AUGGCAGACAGCUUCUCCACGAUCAACCUGGACGAGGAGCGACCAUGGGCCAACCAUAGGUCGAUCCUCCUGGGACUGCCCAUUACCUUUCUUACUAUUGCGUGGAUUUGUAUUGUCAACCGACUAUACAUCCGCUACUUUGUUGUCAAGUCCCCUGGAUGGGACGACUUUUUUGUUAUUCUCUAUGCCAUCAUGACGACGGCAGGGACAGUCUCGAUUGCCACAUCUGUUUCUCAUGGGUUCGGCGAGCACUUCAUCACGCUGGGGAUUGAUGGGAUGAACACUUUCUCUAUCGACUUCUACAUCGCCAGCGCCUCCUAUGCUUCGGCGACGGCCUUCAUCAAGCUGGCCCUGCUCUUCCAGUACCUGCGCGUGUUCGAGCGCGGCACCAAGAUGUACAAGCUGUGCAUCGGCACGGCCGUGGUCACCGCGCUCUGGGGCAUCGCCUUCUCGAUCCUGGCCUGGAUGCCGUGCCACCCGGUGCGCGACUACUGGGACGUGCUGAGCCCGAACCAGUGCUUCGGGUUCGGCUCCAAGAUCCCCGACGCCGUCAUGGCCACGUACGCCGCGCACACGGCGACCAACAUGGUCCUGGACAUCAUCAUCAUCGGGAUCCCCUGCGUGCUCUUCUUCUCCCCCGGGUCGGACCGCGCGCAGAAGACGCGCCUGCUCGUGCUGCUCGUCAUGGGCAGCUGGAUCGUCGUCUUCGCCGCGUGGCGCCUCGUCACCAUUGUCCGCAACAAGGCCGCCACCUGGCCCGUCGUCGACCCGACCUGGUACGCCCCGCAGAGCGUGCUGCUCGCCAUCCUCGAGAUCGACUGCGCCGCCAUCUGCGCCAGCCUGCCCAUCUUCUGGCCCCAGAUCAGCAAGCACUGGGGCGAGAUCGUCGUCGUCAAGGAGGUCAAGGUCACCCGCGAGACGAGGACCUUCGACGAGGACGAGAGCGCCCUCACGAGGAACUACCUCGGCCGGAUGGGCAGCGAGGGCAGCAUGGACGAUGUGGGGGGCGGCAAGGUCAAGGAUCUCGAGGGUGGUGGCACGGGCAUGCACGGCAGGACCAAGAGCAGGUCUAGUUCCAAGGGCAACGGCACGCAGUUUGGCGGCGAGGCGUAUGUCCUGGACAAUGUCAACCCGUUUGGGAACUCGAUGGGGAGGGACAACAAGCAGCUGGCUGAAGCGACAUCGAAGCCCGGUUCGCGGGGGUUCAUGGAUGGAGGGAGGUGGUGA